CAAACAUGGGAAAGGAUUUACCAUGGAGCCUAUCAUCUAUAACUCUAAAAAUUUGAUUGACCGAGCAUUGUCUGGGAGAGAUGCCAUUCUUGUGAAGUUCAACAAGUGUGCAGAGAAAGAUGGCCAGACUUAUUUGUCAGAAGCAAAGAAUGUGUUUGAGAAAAUGCAGAAUCCAAUGCUCCUAGAUCCUAAAGCAGAUCGGGAAGAAGUCCGGCAAUAUUUGAAUGACCUCUUAGAGCAAAUGGAAUCUGUGCAACAAAAGUCUAAGGCAUUAAAAGAUCGUCAAAAGGAGUUGAAGGUGGAGGUGAUUAAACUGGACUAUCUACAUGAAGUCCAAACCGAACUUAAAAUGAGAGAUGUGAUGUGGACAUGUAUCGAUCAAUGGGACAACAUCGUACAAAGAUGGACAGAGGUUCCAUUCAUGAACUUGGAACCAGAGGAGGUGACCUCCACCACUAUGAAAUACCUGAAGACGGUUCAGAUGCUAGAGAAAGGUCUACCACCCAAUGAUGUGGUCAGCAUGUUGAAGAAGAAAGUUGAAGUUAUGAAACAGAGACUUCAGGUAAUAACUGACAUGAGAAACCCACAUCUUAAAAAAAGGCACUGGGACUUGAUCCAGGAAGCAUUGAAUUAUAAAUUUAUCAAAGAUGAGCCUCUAACACUUGGCCUGUUGAUUGAGAUUGAUGCAUUUGACAAGUCUGAAGAAAUGAUGGAGAUAGCUGGCAUGGCGUCCUCACAGGCAGCUCUGGAAGCCAUUCUAAAAAAAGUGGUGGAUGCCUGGAAGCAUGUGGAGUUCCCUGUACUGCCUUACAAAUAUCAGAAAGAUGUCUAUAUAAUUGGGAGCACCGAUGAGAUUCAACAACUGUUAGAUGAUAGUAACAUUAACAUCCAGACCAUUCAGUCAUCAAGACAUGAAUCAUGGAUCAACUGUCAGAGGACAUGGCUAUAUUUAGAAUCAAUUUUUAGUGCCCCUGAUAUUCAGAGGCAGCUUCCAGUGGAGGCCAAACUGUUUGUUGAAGUUGACAGAUCUUACAAGGAAAUUAUGAGGAGAGUAAAGAAAACUCCUCUAGCUAUACGUAAUGGAACACAGCCAGGUCUCUGGGAAACAUUUGAAUAUAACAAUGAAUUAUUGGAUACAAUUCUGAAAUGUCUUGAAGCCUACCUGGAAACAAAGCGUGUUACAUUUCCAAGGUUCUACUUUCUCUCCAAUGAUGAACUACUUGAGAUACUUGCACAGACUCGAAACCCAUUGGCUGUGCAACCACAUUUACGUAAAUGUUUUGAUGCUAUACACAGACUAGAGUUUGCUGUGGUUGAGGGACUUCCACCUGAGGAGGAGAUUCAAUUUACAAAUGACAUAUUAAGCAUGAUAUCACCAGAAGGAGAGAAAAUUGGAUUGGGCAAAGGCUUGAAGGCAAGAGGUAAUGUCGAAGAUUGGCUUGGAAAAGUGGAAGAAGCCAUGUUUGCCAGCAUACGACGAUUGUGCAAAAAGUCAAUCAAAGACUAUGAGACAAUGUCAUUUCUUUCUUGGAUUAUGUCUUAUGCUUCACAAGUUGUUCUAACUAUAUGUCAAAUGAUGUGGACCCGUGAUGUCACAGCUAUUCUUAGAGACUCUCGAACAGUUAUCAGGGGAAUAAUGACUUUGAACAAAGAAGCUUUACAGAGUUAAAUCUUCUAGCUUGGGCAGUGAGAGGAGAACUUCCUAAACUGGCACGAGCUACACUCUGCGCUCUUAUUACAAUCAAUGUUCAUGCACGGGACAUAAUUUCAGAAAUGGUGAAAAAACAG